AUGAGAAAGUUACCGGAUGAGCUAACUGUGGCAACAGUUCAAACACCUGAGUUAGAAUUUAAAGAGAUUAACGGAGAAAUAUUUCUAUCUGGAGUAGAUGGGAAAUUCCUGGAAUCGCUGAUGGCUGCUUUUAACGUUCGUUUUCGAAUGAAAGAAGCUUCUGAUGGGGAAUGGGGAAGUCUUCUAGACAAUGGGAACUGGUCUGGUAUGGUUGGAAUGGUUCACAGAGGAGAAGCAGACAUUGCAAUAAACCAGAUCUCUAUUACUGAGGAAAGACUAAGUGUUGUUGAUUUCUCUAUUCCUUACACCGAUGAAAUAGUCCCAUUUGUUGCACCAGCACCUAAACGCAUCUCUUCUCUAAUUGUUUACUUGUACCCAUUUGAUAUUACUGUAUGGGUACUUUGCGCAAUUACUUUAAUAACUUUGCCUUUAAUGUAUGUACUUUUAAUUAAUCAAACACAAACAUAUGACGCCGUUUUUAUUAAAGUGUUUGGGUACUUGCUAAGGCAGCCUGCGGCUGAUAAAAAGAAGAGUUUUGCCCACAGAGUCUUCAUAUUAGUGUGCCUGGUAUUUUCACUCGUUAUUUCAUCUAGCUAUUGCGCAGUGCUGCUAUCAUUUUUAAGUGUUCCACUUUAUGAAUCAAAACUGAGAAACUUCAAAGAACUUUCUGAAGCUGUGAUACAGGGAAGACACACCGCCCAAUUAUUUUCAGGAACCUUCAUUCUGCAUCUUCUUCUGACUUCAGCUGACGAGAACAUGAAAACCAUGGGGGAGAUAAUACAGUGGAAUUCGUGGACGUUUCCCGUCAGCGCUUUCAAUGACGGAAGCUUAGAUCGAGAAAAAGUCACGAUUUCCACAAUUGCAGACCUGCAAGCACUUUAUAAAGGUUACUCUAAUGUUAUACUCUCUGAGGAUUCCUUAUUGACGACGAGUAUAUGUGUGGUGUUUAGGAAAGAUUUCUGCUGCAAGGAAAUGUUUGAUACAGCUAUUUCAAGAAUAAUUAGUGCCGGACUAUACGAGAAAUUUAAAUCUGAGGAAUCAGUUUCUCAAUUUGAAAGUAUUAAUGCCAAUGAUAAGAUACAAAGAGAAGUACCUCAUCACAGAAUAACAAAAAUGGAGGCAGCUACUUUACACCGAGUUGUGUAA